UCCAAAAGAAUUCCUCAAUGAAAAAGGGCAGAACAUUCUUCAUGUAGCGGCGGAAAAUGGAAAGGGCAAUGUAGUUAGGUACAUACUCAGACAAGAGAAGACGCUCGUAGAACCGCUGCUAAAUGAGAUGGAUGAGGAUGGAAAUACACCUUUGCAUUUGGCAACAAGUCAUGGUCAAUCCGUGGCUGCAUUUGUUCUUGUGCGUGACAAACGCGUUGAUAGUUCGAUUGUUAACAAUGAAAAUUUGACACCAUAUGAUAUUGCUGAAAAACAAUCCAAAAUAGCUGUAGAGCAAUAUGAAAAAACAGAUGAAAUGCUUGCUGAGGAUCGAAAGCAGUUUGAUUCAAAGAACAGUACCCCUGCGGACAAGACCAAGGACAAAGUAGUUGAUUCAAAGAAGCAAGACACAAAAAAGGCAUCACGAAAGCACUACGAACUGGUUGAUUAUUAUGGAGCGAUGACAACAUUAUCUAUCUUAUACUUCCAUGCCCGCCCUAAGAAAUCCCUAUAUGAGCGUUUCACUAGUACUCAAGGCAAGCCGCCAAGGAAACAGGAAACAAAGAGCAGGACAGAGAAUCUUCUUGUUGUAGCGGUGCUUGUUGUUGGUGUAACCUUUGCGGGUGCUAUACAGAUGCCACAAUUAAGGUAUAAAAAUAACUCGAGUGAGCAUCUUCAAGAAUUUAACAGCACUGCUACUGCCUCCCGGAACAGCACUGCCUUGGACAGUCCUACUGGGUCAUCUCUUUUGGAUGGUUAUUUAUGUCUUGAUGUGUGGGCUUUAAAUACCUCUGUGGUGGCAGCUAUAAUCCUUCUUUGGACAAACUUGAAUGAUGUCAAGUUUGCACCAUUUGCACUUUGGUUUUCAUCCUUAAUGGUGGGUGGGUCUAUUUACAUGAUGUGUUUGUCAUUCUUUUUUGCCGUGAGCAUAGCAUUAGGUGGAUCCAAUUAUGGGGUGUUCGCGAUCAUCAUUAUAGUGGUUGGGAUCGCGUUUUUCGUUGCUCAAACAUUGCUUUAUAUUCAAUGGAUUCUUCCACCAUCCGUCAACCAAAUUAUUGAAGGAUUGAUCUCGUAUUAUGUCUACUACAUCUCGUUUUUCGUGCUUGUCUACAGUUGGAGGUGGCUGACUGAUAAACUUCCUGAUCUCCGUAGAAAGAAAAGUAACUAUCCAGGUUGAUCUUCAUCAAGAGACGUCAGGAUUCUGAGGGAUUGCCCUCUUUUAAAAGGUUAUUUUUGGGAUGAAUAAACAUCUUGGAAUAUUGUGUGUGCCUAGCUAUUGAAAUAAUGAAUUGAAUGUGUUCUAUCAA